CGAUCGCAUCUUUAUAGUGCAGCAGCUGCGUCGUUAAGAAAAUGUACUAGCUUCUAUUGAGUUUGUUAUUUAUAUUUAAAAGAACAUUGCCAAAAAAUUACCAAAAUCCUGUCAAUAACACUGCUUUCCGCACGUCGCUUGCUACAAAAUGAAUAUAUAUAGCAAAUUGUUAAAGCGAGAGCGCGGAGUUGUGGACGAUCGGACCUACGACUUCGCUUUGAGUCGGCUAAGCGUAGCUAAGGAGGACAGCUGGCGAGGCAUCGCUCCAUUUAACUAUGGCCCCGACUUUAAUCCAGAGCCACCAAUUUUCUCGGCGAAGUUUGCCAACUGCAAUGGCUAUCGUCAUAUUUUGGCCAUUGCCAAUGAGGAUGGCAAGAUAGCUCUCCAAGAUACUACCCAAAGAAAUAAAGACCAUGAGGAGCAGUCGUUGAGCGGUCCGCAGUGUCAUUUCAACGCUGUAUUUGAUCUGGAAUGGGCCCCAGGCCAGAUGCGAUUUGUUUCCGCCUCGGGUGAUCACACAGCUCGACUAUGGGAGGUGACGGGGUCUAGUAUUCGUGGACUAAACUCAUAUGUGGGCCACACGAGGUCCGUUAAGACAGCUGCCUUCAAAAGAACGGAUCCUGCUGUAUUUGCCACAGGUGGACGUGAUGGCGCUAUUUUAAUUUGGGACAUACGAGCUAAUCUUAAUAUGGAUCUUACCUCUAGAGUUGACAACUGCAUCUACAGUGGUCACACAGGGGGCCCGGGCACCCCCAUGUCCCAGAGAAAACAGCGCACUCGCACUCCCAAAAUGGCUUCGGCGAAUACGUCAAGCAGCAUCACAGGCCUGGCCUUUCAGGACAAUGACACUUUAAUAUCGUGCGGGGCCGGCGAUGGAGUGAUUAAAGUAUGGGAUCUACGUCGGAACUAUACUGCAUACAAAAAAGAACCCCUGCCCCGCCACAGCCUUCCAUAUGCCGGCCAAUCCACUUUUAAGGGAUUUACCAAUCUGAUUGUGGAUGCGGCCGGAGCGCGACUCUAUGCAAAUUGUAUGGACAACACCAUAUACUGCUACAAUCUAAUGUCGUACUCCCCACAACCGCUGGCCUGUUAUAAAGGUCUGCUCAAUUCGACGUUCUACAUCAAAUCCUGCCUUAGCCCAGAUGGCAAGUAUCUGCUGAGUGGCAGCAGUGAUGAACGGGCCUAUAUAUGGAAUCUGGAUCAUGCGGAGGAGCCUUUGGUAGCUCUCUCGGGUCAUACGGUUGAGGUAACUUGUGUUGCUUGGGGAUCCACUCACGAUCGGCCCAUAGUGACCUGUAGUGAUGAUGCCCGCCACAAGAUUUGGCGCAUUGGACCUAGUCUGGAAGAGUUUAGCGAAGCCGAGAAAGCAGAGCAAUAUCGUGGUCAGUCGAACUAUGUUAGGGAAUUCAAUAGGAAAAUUUCGUCAUCGAACACGGCCAAUCACAAGUACAAUCUGAGAGAUUUGGAGUCCACUCCUCGCUCUUUGAAACGAUUAAUGGAUCAAAAUGAACGGACUCCUGGAUCGAUGGAGAAGUUAUCAAUGAAGCGAUCCUUCUCAGAUAUGCUGGGAGUAACAGAUGUCGAGCACCAGGCGCAGAAACGUCCAAAACCCUUGGAGUCACGCGGGCGUCGAUUAUUUGGCCCCGCUUCCUCUUCCUCCUCUUCAUCAAGCACAGUUGUGAAUCAAGAGUUUAGGCAGAUUCAUUUGGCCACUAUAGGAGAAGAGACAACUACAUUUAGCAAGGAAAACACAGGAGCUCUAGAAGAGGAUGUCACACCAUUGCCUAAGCUUCUGAAUCCUAAUACCACGCUCUCGCCUCUCAGUGAGAAUAUGAAUCAUGUUUACACCUCGCCACCUACCACUUCAACUGCGGCAGCACCGUCAUCCUCCGAGUCGUCAGCCGCUCCACUCUCCUCUGUGAUAUACUCGCCCACAUCCAACCUGCCCAACUUUGUGGUCGAUGGAGACGCCCCUCAUCUAGCCAUUAUGUCACCUAAGCGUAAGGCUAAAGAGAAAGUGGACUGGUUGACUAAAAUCCGUAAACAGAAACUUAUGACAAGCAGCCGCGGUGGCAGUUCCAUUACCUUCAGCGACAAAAUAAACGAUGAGCAGCAGUCUACGGAUAUGUUGGCAUCGCCGCGACUGCAAAGUUUGCGCCAAUCCGAAUGCAGUCCCAGAUUACAAACAACGCCCAGGAGGCGUAUAUCGCAUAAUGACGGUGGUGGAGCUGCUGCACCUCGCACCCCCACCUCCAGUCGCAGGAACAGCGAGACAACCCUGUUACGUUUCUUUAGUGUGCAACGAAGCACCAGUGUGGUGACAGAGGAUGCACCACCUAUAUCACCGCCUCAAGCACCACUGCCCACCUCAGCCAACUCCCCUCUCACAUUAAGACCGUCCAAUGCGGCCACAAUAGGCAGCGAUUGAAGAAUUUUAACUGGAUCAGACACAAAUUGGGCCCGAACAAUCCUUGUAUGGCCAAGAGAAGUAUUGAUGUUAAAUGAUCACUAGCCAGGCUUAGAGUAGAAAGAACCAACAGUAGGAUGAAAUUGACAGGAAUAAUUUUGGUUUCGGAUGAAAUCCCCUUUUGCUAUGUAAAUAAUAUUUUUGUGUUUCGGUUCGUAUCGAAACCCAAACUCCUUAGUUCAAUCGAAAUUUGCUGCUGAAAUAGAGAAAGUGGUCCGAUUACGACACUUUAAGCCUUAUAAAAAGUGCCGAAUUUAGUCCUGUUUUAAGGAAAUACACUAAGCUAUUUCGAAUUUUAUAUUCUCCAAAGUUUACCUUAUUUUUUUUUUUGUAACAGUUGGUAAAAUCUGUUUAAAUAUACGGGCCUAUUCCGUUUCAAAACUUAUGCAUUUCAAUUAAAUGCAUUUGAUUAGUUUGCAUUACUACAUUAGAAAUUGAAGUUUUGGCGGUUGGCCCAAAUCACACAUCUAUGAUUUUUCAAGUACCCCAAACUAUUGUUAGUAUAAAAUUUGUAGUUUUUAAUUUGACAUAAUUGUAAGUAAUUUUGAUUAUAGAUAGAGAAUUGGUAACCAAUUCCCUCACCCAUCAAAUAAAAGACUAAACACAUGUAA